AUGGGCACUUUGCGGGAUUUACAGUACGCGCUGCAGGAGAAGAUCGAGGAGCUGCGGCAGCGGGAUGCGCUCAUCGACGAGCUGGAGCUGGAGUUGGACCAGAAGGACGAACUGAUCCAGAAGCUGCAGAACGAGCUGGACAAGUACCGCUCGGUGAUCCGGCCCGCCACGCAGCAGGCGCAGCAGCAGAGCGCCGGCACCUUGCAGGGCGAGCAGCGGACCAAGCGCCAGGCGAUCUCGGCCGAACCCACCGCCUUCGACAUCCAGGAUCUCAGCCACGUCACCCUCCCCUUCUACCCCAAGAGCCCGCAGUCCAAGGAGCUAAUAAAGGAAGCAAUCCUUGACAAUGACUUCAUGAAGAACCUGGAAUUAUCCCAGAUCCAGGAGAUUGUGGAUUGUAUGUACCCCGUGGAGUAUGGCAAGGACAGCUGCAUCAUCAAGGAGGGAGAUGUGGGUUCCCUGGUCUACGUCAUGGAAGAUGGGAAGGUUGAAGUGACAAAAGAGGGAGUGAAGCUCUGCACCAUGGGACCUGGCAAAGUUUUUGGGGAGUUAGCCAUCCUCUACAACUGCACCCGGACAGCUACUGUCAAAACUCUCGUAAAUGUGAAACUUUGGGCUAUUGAUCGGCAAUGUUUUCAAACAAUAAUGAUGAGGACUGGCCUCAUCAAGCAUACUGAGUAUAUGGAAUUUUUGAAAAGCGUUCCCACAUUCCAGAGCCUUCCCGAGGAGAUCCUCAGUAAGCUUGCAGAUGUCCUGGAAGAGACUCACUACGAGAGUGGAGAGUACAUCAUCCGCCAAGGGGCUCGAGGGGACACCUUCUUUAUAAUCAGCAAAGGAAAGGUGAACGUUACCCGGGAGGACUCUCCCAGUGAAGAUCCCGUCUUUCUCCGCACUCUGGGGAAGGGGGAUUGGUUUGGAGAAAAAGCCCUCCAAGGGGAGGAUGUCAGGACAGCCAACGUCAUCGCAGCUGAAGCGGUCACUUGUCUGGUCAUAGACAGAGAUUCCUUCAAGCACCUGAUCGGGGGCCUGGAUGACGUCUCCAACAAAGCCUAUGAGGACGCAGAAGCAAAAGCAAAAUACGAAGCCGAAGCUGCCUUCUUUGCCAACCUGAAACUGUCAGAUUUCAACAUCAUCGACACCCUGGGAGUCGGAGGGUUCGGGAGAGUGGAGCUGGUGCAGCUGAAGAGCGAGGAGGCCAAGACGUUCGCCAUGAAGAUCCUGAAGAAGCGGCACAUCGUGGACACGCGGCAGCAGGAGCACAUCCGCUCCGAGAAGCAGAUCAUGCAGAGUGCCCACUCUGACUUCAUCGUCAGGCUCUACAGGACAUUCAAGGACAGCAAGUACCUGUACAUGCUGAUGGAGGCCUGCCUGGGGGGAGAGCUCUGGACAAUUCUCAGGGACAGGGGUUCAUUCGAGGAUUCCACGACCAGGUUUUACACGGCGUGUGUGGUGGAAGCCUUUGCCUACUUGCAUUCCAAAGGGAUCAUUUACAGGGACCUCAAGCCAGAGAACCUCAUUCUGGAUCACCGAGGUUAUGCCAAGCUGGUCGAUUUUGGCUUUGCAAAGAAAAUAGGAUUUGGAAAGAAAACAUGGACUUUUUGUGGCACCCCGGAGUACGUAGCCCCCGAGAUCAUCCUGAACAAAGGUCACGACAUUUCAGCAGACUACUGGUCCCUGGGAAUCCUGAUGUAUGAGCUCCUGACUGGCAGUCCCCCUUUCUCAGGCCCAGACCCCAUGAAGACCUAUAACAUCAUAUUAAGGGGAAUAGACAUGAUCGAAUUUCCAAAGAAGAUUGCCAAAAAUGCUGCUAAUUUAAUUAAAAAACUAUGCAGGGACAAUCCAUCAGAAAGAUUAGGGAACUUGAAAAAUGGAGUGAAAGAUAUCCAAAAGCACAAAUGGUUUGAAGGCUUUAAUUGGGAAGGAUUACGGAAAGGGACACUGACACCUCCCAUAAUCCCAAGUGUCACGUCUCCCACGGACACAAGCAACUUCGACAGCUUCCCAGAGGACAGUGACGAGCCACCCCCUGACGACAACUCAGGAUGGGACAUAGAUUUUUAAUGUUAUUUCUCUUACCUGCUUCUGCCUUGCCGAGGACAGCUUUUCCUGGGACGUGGCUGCCAGCGGAACGGGAAGACCGGAAUUGGGGAGGAUUCGUGCUCGGGGUCACCAUGAUGCCUUGAUUGAUGCUGCUCCAGUAACUCCAGUGGCAUUAGGACUUCUUGCUUAGUGACAAUAGUGCUCUCCAUGUUUUCUGUUGGAACGUGACCUGGCGUGGGCACGGUGGUCCUGACACAGAGCCUUUCUCCGGCACAGAACUCCUCUUCUGUCGCCACAGAGAUCCUGGCACACUCUUGAUUAGCAGAGUGAGAGAUCUGUAGAGUAAGAGGCACUUAAUUCCAGCUGCUUUUUCCGUAGGAUCAGUAGUAACUUAAGAAGUGCUGCAGCUACUCCAGUGCAGGAUUUGGGCUAUUCCCACCCUCUGAGCUCCGCAGGGCAGCGCCGGAGCCCAGGAGGAGCACGGGCAAAGCACUCCCGUCAAAGCAGUGGGGAAUGUGUCCUUUUCCUUUCCUAGCAGUGUUCCCCACGAGACUGAAUGUUCCAUUUCCUCUUUGUUUUGGAAACAUUUUGGCUCAGCCUGGUCAAACAAAAGCACAACUGCUGCAGAUGCUGUCAAGGCAGAGUUGGGUCGCUUCCCUCACGUGGAAGCACCACCUUUGGGCUUCAGUUCUCCUUUCCCUUGGUACCAAUACAUGCAUGGAAAGAGAAAAAUCAUGGAAUGAAUCCAUUGUACCUCUAUCGAUCCAUCGUACAUCUGUUGAUCCAUUGUACAUCUAUUGAUCCAUUUCACAUCUAUUGAUCCAUUUCACAUCUAUUGAUCCAUUUCACAGUGCUCCAGUCACCGUCCUGAACAAAGCAACAGCAGCCCACCCGUCUGAUUUGGUAUAAAAUUAAGGAUAACUUUGACCUUUUUAGGCCCAAAGGGAAAAAUAUGAGACCUGUGAUGUCCUUUCGAGGUGCUACAUCCAACUCUCACCUGGGAAGAAACCUGUCCCUGAACCAUCCUGUCAGGAAUAUGUAGCAGAGGCUCUGUUCUCCCUUUUGAUGAUUCCAUGUCUCCAUGUCUGCAUCUCUUCUGUGUUUAAAGAAUCUCAUUAAAACAGAAAUCCCGGGCCAGUCUGUUGGCUCUGACGGACCGUUGCCAAUAAUCCUGAUGCCUCUCCAGGCUAAGGAGCUCCACAGGAAAGUCAGUGGAAUUCAAUGGGAAAUGGAUAUUGGAAGAUCCCUGUGAGGUCUCCAGCGUGCCAGGUCCACGUGAUUGUGUUUAACACAGGCAUGGCCAAAUCCAUAUGGAAAAAAGAACUGGGAAAAACAAUAUUAUCAGGAUAUGCUUUUCCCUCACUUCUACUGCUUUUCCUUUGCUUGAAUUCCCUCCUCUGGUUUAUAGGAUGCAGCAGAGGGAUCCGGGGUGUCCAUUUGUCCCAUAUACACAGGACUAAAAGUGUAUCCCAUUACCCAACAGGAAACAUCAGCUUUUGGUCUCUCUGUGAGACCUUGCCACAAAAAGACACAGAAUCAUGGAAUGAUGGGAUGAUUUGGUUUGCAAGGGACCUUAAAGGUCCUCUUAUUCCAGCCCCUGCCAUGGAUGAGCAGGUGCUGCCUCCUUCGACCUCAGCUGCCAAGAGCCGAGGAAAGAUCAAGUCUCACUGACAAGGACUUUUCCCACAUAUUACAUGGAAAAGGUCUGUUUGAGCAGUAAAAAAUUCCUUCCCUGAUGCUAAGUCCCAACUCUUCUGCAUGUUUUUCAUUAAAGGAUUUAAUCAAAAGGGUAUUUUGACAGCGUGGGCCAUGUCUGCUGUUUAACAUGAGCUGGGUCGUGUGACACCUUUGAAACCAGUCUGGUUCUGGAAUUCCCUCUGUUUUCCAAAGGGUGAGGCCACACCUCUGGCACAGAACUUCUGCUGUUAUUUAACCAUUAAAACUUCGUUUGCCUUUGAAAUCACAGGGAAAAGGCAGCACCUGCUGACUUUUCCACCUUUCUCCAAGGGAUGGACAGCACUGAGAGCCAAAGCUGAGCACGAGGGCUAAAACAUUCACCAGGCAUCUUAACAGGCCUAACAGGCAAAUGCUCCCCUCACAUCCCCCUGGAUUUUCAUUCCAUGGGGACAGCUUUCUGUAGGAGUUUGUCCCAGGAUGGUGACACCUGACGCAAUUGGCAGGCAAGGAGGAUAAAGCACCGCAAGGAUUUGGGGAUCAACCUGAAAAUGUGACAUGAAGGAGUGUCUAGAAUGGGCUGAGGAGUUUGGUUUCUUUCUCCUGUCCCUUUUUAGCUUGUGCCAGGCAUGGGAAUUGACACCUGCAGUGUGCACUGUGCUGAAUCUGAGUUUAUUUUGAUAUCAAACACCUCACUCGACUUCCACGGCCUCUCCUGAGCAUUAACACUUUGCAUAUGUAUAUGAUAAGCCUUCAGUUAUAAUAAUAUAUUUAAGUUGCUUUAUAUAUAUCUCUAUAUAUCCACAACAAGGGAUUGCCUCUGUGUUUCCACCUCUGUCCUUAUUUCUUUGUCUCCUUUCCUGAUCUAUGGGACGACAGUGUUUUUAGGGAAGGGGGAAUUGGCUCCCGUGUUUCCAGAGGGGGCUUUGAUCGGUGUUGUAGCUUCUCCUGGAGCUGCAUUGCCCACAGCAAACUCUUCUUCAACAGCAGGACCACGAGCAGAUAUUUCUGUAAAUAGGUAUUUUCGUGUCGAUGUUUUGUGGGUCACACAGAACUUUCUGUUCUUUUCCAGUUCCAUGGCAUUAUUCCUUCAUUUCCUUAUUUGUAAUGUAAUGUUUUUAGGUCGAGGUAGACUUGAAUUAGUGUCAUAUUUGUCAGUAUGAUUAAACUUUCUGUCAGCUGUCCCGUUCACCCACCUGUCCCAUAGUUCUAGAACGUCACUGGCUAUCUGGCAUUGUUGCAAGUGCCUUAAAUCCAUGGCAUCUUAUUAAAAAAAAAAGAGAAAUUUGGUGUUAUGCUGCAU